CUCGAAAACAAUUAACGAAAAGUUUCCAAAAAACCUGUUUUUUUGCGCCAAAGUGGAUGUGCACCACCUGCUUUUGUAGGCUACUACAAUGGUUUGCUGAAGACCCUGGGCUGAUGAUACCCAAGUAACAAAAACUCUACAGUGCCUCCAUUCUUAAAUAAAACAGCUGUGCAAGCCUAUCAUGUCUAACCGACAAUCCCAGACAUCUAUGGGGGACCAGUCCCCCCUCCUACUGGACAGCAUGUUCUCCUCACAGCUUCAGCUGGACAGCCAGCGAGUCCGAUCCUCCUCAAGCACAGAUCUUUCAGUACCUGAGCCAUCUCCAAAGCCGUCCAUAAUCCUCAGCACCCAGAGCGAAGCAGCUCGGAAGCUCGGAACUCAGCAGCUCAUCCCCAAGAACCUUGCAGUCAGUAGUCGACCAAAGAACCGACACCACACAACGGUGGUCACACUGCCCGUGGCUCGUGAGGCUCAGAAGAAAGCCCAGCGCUUCUCACACGAGCCUGACCUCUCGUGGGAGGACUACGACAGUGACGACGGUGGAUCCUCUAUAAGCAGAAACCGCAGGAACAAGUCGUACCGGGCUGCUGUUACCAGUCUGGACACGGAAUUGGACUGUAAGCAGGAUCUGCUGCAGCCAAUUGCUGAGGAGAAAAACAACAAAAUGCCCAGCCCCAAGCCAAGUGCCAGAUUAGGACCCAAGAGAACCUUGGGUAGAAAGAGGAACCAGAAAUAUGGUGGAUCAUUCAAGGAUGAUCCACGGCUAUACCAGGAGAUCAAGGAACGAGGUCUACAGCCCAACAUCCUGGGCCCAGAGGACGAUGAGUUUGCCCAAGUGCCAGAGGAGGACCAGGGCAUUGUGGUCAAAAACUACAAAGCAGCAUACAUCACAUGGAGUCAGCUUCCUCAGGUGCAGGAGUUGGGCAUUCUGGAAAACAUCUCACCUGAAGAGCGUAAGAGGCAAGAGGCUAUCUUUGAGAUCAUGACGUCCGAGUACUCCUACCUGCACAGCUUGAGCGUCCUGGUGCGCAACUUUAAGUCCAGUGAAGCUUUGAAAAAGACCAUGACUGCAACCGAACACCAUCACCUGUUUUCCAACAUUUCUGUCAUCUACACAAUCAGCAAACGCUUUUUCGAGGAUCUCGAAAGGCGUCACCAGGUAAAUCCUGUCAUUCAGGACAUCAGCGACAUCGCUCAGAACCAUGCUGCCAAUUACUUUGAACCGUACAUUGUAUAUUGCUCCAAUGAGACCUUCCAGCAGAGGACACUGCAAAAACUACUCGCGAGCAACACUGCCUUCAAGGAGGUGCUAAAGCAGAUUGAGAUCAGUCCUGAAUGUGGAGGACUUCCCAUGAUUUCCUUCCUUAUUCUGCCUAUGCAGAGAGUCACCCGUCUGCCCCUGCUGAUGGAUACCAUCUGUCAGAAAACAACCAAGCAGACCACUGCAUUCUACGCAGCUCGCUGGGCAUUUAAGGAGAUCAGUAAGCUGGUAAAAAGCUGCAAUGAUGGAGCUCGGAGGAUGGAGCGCACAGAGCAGAUGUACACCAUCCAGAAACAGAUGGACUUUGGAAAGAUUAAGCCUUUCCCAUUAGUGUCAGCGUCACGUUGGCUGCUGAAGAGAGGAGAACUGGCUGUGUACACUGAAGAGCACGGUAUCUUCAGAAAAGCCUUUGGCCAUAAGAGCUAUUACCUUUUCCUGUUCAAUGAUGUACUCAUCGUCACCAGAAAAAAGAGUGAAGAGAACUAUGUGGUGUUCGACUAUGCCACUUCAACAAAUGUUGAGGUAGAAGAGGAGCAGGGAGAAAAGCCUUAUCUGCGUCUGGAGAUGAAUCCUAACUGUGAGGGCCGCUGUGAGCAGAUGGCACUGGUAGCCGAAACCAAGUUGGACAGGGCAAGGUGGGUCACGGCUUUGCGCAGGCAUAAGAAAGGCGAGAGUUCGCCUGAUAAAGAUGUCUUGCUUCAGUACGAGGUGACGAAGGCCUAUAUGCCCAAAGGACCAGACGAGCUAAGUCUCCAGCAGGCUGAAGUGGUCAUUGUGCUGCAGGAGGUUGAUGGUUGGUGCUAUGGAGAAAGAAUGAGGAAUGGAGACAAAGGCUGGUUUCCAGCUAGCUGUACCACACAGAUCACCGAUCGCACCACACUGGAAUCAAACAUUCAGCGUAUGGAACGUCUACGCAAAGAGACAGAUGUCUGAUUAUACACCCAAGUAUGCCACAUCUGUCAGUCUAAUGAACUUCAUAUUAUAUGGUUUCUACAUCACCAUGAAUUGUAAAGUGACGUGUGAAUUUUUAUUAGUGUAAAUGAAUUUUAGUAUGAAUAUUUUUUGAAAGAUGUUAUCAGAAAGCUCAAGCUUUGAAAGAAAAACCAUGGCAAGAGUUCGUCUUUGCUUUUUUUUAUUUUGAGCUUGCCUUUUGUUAAAAUUCAUGUUUGAAUACAUAAAAAGUCAUUUUAAAAAUGUCAAACUGACCAGAUAUCAAAUUA